AUGCUUCCGGAAACAUUUAUCAAAGGGACUAUGGAGGGCCCGUACACCGGCCAACAUAGCGCGGACUUUCUACGCGGCGCUAGUUUGUAUCUCCAUGGGGGUGUAUAUAUGGACGUGGGGAACCUGCUUGUUCGCUCUCUUGAUCAACUUUGCUGGUCAAUACUGGCAGACGACAGCUCACCUAGGAAUGUUGCCGUCCCCUGUAUGUACGAGGUUGUGAUGGCAAACCAUUUCGUGGCUAGCCGCAAGGGUGAUCCAUUCAUAAAGAGAUGGCACGAGCUAUUUGUUCACCUGUGGACCAAUCGGACGAUUCACACAGGGAUGUCGAGCCAUCCGCUCCUUGCGUAUGCUCGCGGUAUGGACUACUCUGGAGCGUUCGAUAAUGGAUACAAUUUUGAAUUCAAAGUUGACCCGGUUAUAGUGAUAGAUUACAUCACCCAGGUGGCUUGCUGGGGUCGCCUGUGCAAGCUUGAAGACGCCUGGGGAUGGGUUUAG